CGACGUAAGGAAAAAAAAAAAACUUUGAAUCUACAAUUUCAAAAGCAUAAUGAAUUCAAUGGUAGGUUUAAAGAGUGAUUAUAUUGCAAGUUGAAUUUUGGUGUUUGAUGAUCAGGGAAAGUCAAAGAAAUAGUUGUACAAAAUAUUGACAUUGCAGGCACUUGUAUAUAUGUUUUAAAUUUGAUAGGCAGACAAUUUGGCACUUUUUUUUUUUUUUUUCGAAUUGCUUUGAAUUUUUUUUUUCUUGAGCCUACGGUUUAUUCGAAACGACCUCCCUCAAGAUAGAGAUAACAUCUGCAUAUACGCUGCUCUCUUCGAACUGCAUAUACGCUACUCUCUUCGAACUCCAUUUAUGAGAUUAAGUUGGAUAUAUUAUUAUUGUUGUACCAACUAGAUCUCUUUUUAUAUUGUUUCAUCUUAUGGUGUACCAGUUUUGGGCUUUAAUGCUGUUUCGAAAGCUCCAAAUUUGAGCUUAUGCAACAAGUGGCUUUUGGUCAGAUUGCAAUGACUAUUUUAUCCUUAAUCAGAGGUUUUUAAUUUGAGUCCUUGAUAUGGAGAAAAUUCUGUUGGGAGUGCUAACCCCCAAAAUGGGCCAUGCAAUACGUGAUCUAAAUUAGUCGGGGCUAAUACGGAUACCAAAGACCAAGUGGGAAACAAAAAAAAAAAUAGUAUAUAAUAACAACGUAAGAAAAUAAACUGUAUAAGCAUUUCUCACUUAAAAAUUAGAAAACUGCCUCAUUUCAAAUAGUUCAAGAGCAAAAUUGGCCCAUUCUUCCAUGUUUUGGAGCAAUCAUUAGUAGGAAGUGUAUUUUUGAACUGGGACUAGUUCGAGAGUAUUUUUUAAGCUAAAAAUAUAGCAAUAAGGGAAAAAUUUUAGUAAGAAACGUAACGGAUGAUAAAGUUAACUUAUUUCCAAUAGUUCAAAAACACUUUUAACCAUUUUCCUUUCUAAAUUUCAAUUUUACUAUUGCCACUACACUAACCCUUACAAUUGAGAAGUAUAAUAACAAAGUUAAUGAUGAAAGCUUAAUCAACUUCACAAUUUUUUAAUCCUCAUGUAUUAUAAACUAUUGCAUUGACUUUUCAGUUGCAUAUUUAAAUUGCAUUUGAGGAACCAAAUCAAAAUCCAACAACCAAAAAAAAUUAAAAGAAUGUCGAAAUGAAACUUUCUCAGCAAGCUCAAUGUUAUGCAGAAAAAUAAACAGCUUUAAAAUGGCCAUUUCAAUCCCAAAAAUUCUACACCAAGUUAACAAAAUGCCAAAGACCAAAAAGAAGAUCACAUCAUUUUCUGCAAAUGUACUGUUUUCUAAUGAAGAACUAUUGUCAGAAAUCCUCCUUCGUGUACCCGUAAAAUCACUCCUUCGAUGCAAAUGUGUAUCUCGAAAAUGGCUUUCUUUAAUCUGUAGUCCUCACUUUACGCGUCUCAGAAUCCCCCGUCCCCACCCUGCUAGUGGCAUUUUUUUGUACCAUUGUUCAUUUUUAACCAACCCUUUUCAUAAGUUUGUGUCUUUUAGCCUGGAAAAUCCAAUUCCAGUACCAUUACAAAAGUUUCCUUUUCUACGACACGAUGACUCUCAUAGAAUCUUUAUCUCGCAAUCUUGCAAUGGCCUUUUGCUCUGUCGCACAUUUCAUAAUCCUUUCAUGUUUAACGAAAGCUACUACAUCAUCAACCCGACUACUCAACAAUUCACCACACUUCCUAAGCCAUCUUCAGGCGAUGUUGUUGGGAUGAGUUUAGCCUUUGAUCCAUUGAAAUCACCAUAUUAUAAAGUUAUCUGUCUCCAAAUUUCUGAAAUUGAACCCGCGAACUAUCAGAUUGAGAUUUACUCAUCUGAACUUAAGAAAUGGAGAGUUUCCGGUCCACCUUUUCCUAGAGAUUACGAUAUAAGUUUCAACUACGGACUAGUUUACUGGAACGGAGCUAUUUAUAUCUCAUGUAACCAGUGUUUCAACGUGGAACAAGAAAAGUUUGAAAAGGUUCCUAUUCUUGAAGUCCAGGAGGAUCACAGGAUCGUCUAUUUCGGGGAGUCUUAUGGCCAUUUGCAUCUUAUACAAGUGAAUCGCCAUAACUUAGCUUUGUACAACAUCUACGAGAUGAAUCAUGAUGGUACAGGGUGGUUCUUGAAGUACGAGGUGAAUGUUGAAGAUGUUGUGUUGGCAUUUCCUCAUAUGAUUCGACGAUACCUUGAGACUACAGAUUUUCAUUACUAUGCUAUGAAUGUGUUAAAUGUUGUAAGGGGAGAGAAAGAAGAGGAUACAUUGAUCUUGCAUAUACCUGAAAAGGCCCUACUACGUUACAACUUGGUGGAUAAGUCAUUCUAUAAGCUUUGUGAUUUUGACACUGGCAUUCAUGCUGAGGAAUCUGAUGAUGAACAACUUGCUGUAUGUUUGGAUUUUGGUAGAUCAAGCACUUACCAGUACAUUGAAUCUACCUAUUGUUGGUAAGUAGAUUUUGUUGGGAUUUUGGUGGUGCCGGGAAGAUGGCAAACCUUUGUGUAACGUCGUCCUAGUCGCCGCCUCAGUUUGGAAAUGCACCAACUUGUGUGGAUGGUUGUAACCUAUAUUAUAUUAUAUUAUAUUAUAUUGUGUUGUUAGUUUAAAUAGAAUGUUUAUUUUGAUUGUUACUUAUGUUUUAUUGCAUCCUACAUUAUAUUGUGUUGUUAGUUUAAUUAGAAUGUUUAUUUUAGUUGUUACUUAUGUUUUAUUGCAUCCUACAUUAAAUUCAACGCAGUAACGAGAUGUGACAAAAACAUCUCAGUUUAUGUAACGACCGAUCUAGUGUGAUCGCGACGUCAAUAGUCGUUACCUUAUUAUAAUUUUUUUCCUCAUUCGAAUUUUGUUUAUUAUUUAAUAAUCUCAUUUUAUCAUUUACAUCUAUUUACAAUAGUUUUACCCUGCAUCAUAUUUUACAUCUAUUUACAAUAGUUUUACCCUGCAUCAUAUUUUUCUAGCAGAUUUAUCUUUCAAAUUAUUGAUGUGCGACUGAUACAGUUUAUCCACACAUUAUAUUCACCAGAACAAUAAAUACAGCAAUAUAUAUAUAUAUAUAUAUAUAUAUAUAUAUUUUAUGUUGAACAAUACGUAACUACCAGCCAAACAUGGUAAGGGGCACCAGAUCAUUUAUUUCUUGUGAGAAAUAGUUAUCUUUUAUGUUGUAAGGCAUGAUCAAUCAACAAUAAUAUCUGAUAAAGAGGUAAAUGUAGUGUUUAUUUUCUUAUCCAAACUGCGACGCAUAAAACUAUAAACCCUUCUCUUGCAUUUUU